AUGGCGAAGGAAGAGCCAACAGCGGAGGCCCACAAGGAAGACAGUAGCAGCAACAAAUCCGGAACGACGAACAAGAAGGCGGCUGCCAAUGCUGAGGAAGUCCCUCAUUUGAAGGAGGAAGACCCAAUUCGCCGUCGCCUUUGCGGUACCAACCUGAAUCUGUGGCUUUGGAGUAAACAGGAGGAGGCAAAACUUGAACAUGCAGGCUCUCGCUUGUUGGAGCUAAUGGCAAAGUCCGCAGACCAGGUGGAAACAGUUGAUGUUGGUGCUGACUUGUGGACCCAUUUGCCGGCGGAAGAUGCCACGAAGGUAUUGGAAGCCGUCGCUGAACUUCCAAAGUUGAAAUGGGUCCGGUUUUCCUUGCUAGGUGCGUCUUCGCAGUCAACAGAAACACCCGAAAGGGCUUCUCUUCCCAUCAAGGUAUUGGCACGUAUUGCUUCCCACGCAACGGAACUCGAGCAUCUUAUAUUGGAGGACGUUGUGCUCGAUGGGACUGCAGCAGAUUGGAGGGACUUCAUUGACGGCCUCCAAUCGCUUGCCGUCAUGGCUCAUCUUCGUCUAGAGAAGUACUCUUUCACUGACAACUCCAUUGACCUUGGAGACUUGGUCACGGCUCUAUCAUCACUUCCCAAUUUCACCACGUUAGAGGUAUUUGCCCCUGAACCUCCGCCCUCGUUCAAGUCCCAGGGUUAUCACCUCCCCGUAAUGGCUCUGGAAUGCCUUGUUCGUGCCAGCAAGUCGGUGCAAGUAGUGCGGCUGAGCGGUUUGGACGUUAGAGAUGAGCACUUGAGCAAGUUGGUCGGGCCACUCUCGGACAAGAACCAUACCCUCAAGGAACUCUUGAUUUGGAGGUCUCAGAUCACAGAAGGAGGCGCAGGCUCUCUUGCUGAUGCCCUGAAGACUAAUGUAUCUCUCUUAAAACUGAAUCUCAACGAUAAUGACAAGAUGGGUUCUCGCGGAUGCCAGACUCUCUUUGAGGCUGUCUCUGGAAGCAACCUUGAGGAACUGUGUGUGGGUUAUUGCCACCACAUGGACACUGAGUGCAGACAAGCUUUGUUGAGUCUUGUUGCCAGCAACAACUGUUCCCUCAACCGCAAGCUGAAGAGACUGGAGACUUGUUUCUCGUGGCCUUUGGAAACGACUGUGCAGUAUGUCGCGGAGUUCGGAGACAAGUUGGUCCACUCUUUGCGGGACCCUGAUCAGGUCCUGCUGUUUCUCCGCCUUUAUUGUGACCAGCGCCAUGGAGAUGAUACCAAAGAACUCCAUUGGGGAAGUUUUUGGGAGAAACGUCCAAUUGAAGACGAUGCUGACGAAAAGGAGGAAUAA